GGAAAGGCGGGAGGCUCAGAGGAUCGUGAGAACCAGCCUGGUCAGCGUGCAUGGCUUGGCAGGUGAGCGUGCCCGAGCUGGAGGACCCGCUUCAGUGCCCCAUCUGCCUGGAGGUCUUCAAGGAGCCCCUGAUGCUCCAGUGUGGCCACUCCUACUGCAAGGGCUGCCUGGUCUCCCUGUCCGACCACCUGGAGGCUGAGCUGCGCUGCCCCGUGUGCCGGCAGGCAGUGGACUGCAGCAGCUCGCCACCCAACGUCUCCCUGGCACGGGUGAUCGAAGCCCUGCAGCUCCCUGGGGACCCAGAGCCCAAGGUUUGCACGCUCCACCGAAACCCACUCAGCCUCUUCUGCGAGAAGGACCAGGAGCUCAUCUGCGGCCUCUGCGGCCUGCUGGGCUCGCACCAGCACCACCAGGUCACGCCCGUCUCCACGGUCUACAGCCGCAUGAAGGAGGACCUGGCAACACUGAUCACCAACCUGCAGCAGGAGCAGAAGGCGGCAGAGGAGCAGAUGGCCAAACUGGUGAACAACAGGACCCGCAUCGUCAACGAGUCGGAUGUCUUCAGCUGGGUGAUCCGCCGCGAGUUCCAGGAGCUGCACCACCUGGUGGACGAGGAGAAGGCCCGCUGCCUGGAGGGCGUGCAGGCCCACACCCGCGGCCUCGCCGCCUCCCUGGACAUGCAGCUGGAGCAGGCCCGGGACACCCGGGAGCGGCUGGAGCAGGCCGAGCGGGUGCUGGAGCAGCUCGGUAAUGAGAGCCACCACGAUUUCAUCCGGGUGACUUUCCCUGUCGCCUCCAGAGCAGAGCUCCUGCAGGCCCGGCCCAUGGAAGGUGCGUUCAGUCCCAUCUCCUUCAAGCCAGGCCUGCACCAGGCCGACAUCAAGCUGACGGUGUGGAAAAGGCUCUUCCGCAAAGUCCUGCCAGCCCCGGAGCCCCUCAAGCUGGACCCCGCCACCGCCCACCCCCUCCUCGAGCUCUCCAAGGGCAACACGGUAGUGCAGUGUGGGCUCCUGGCCCAGCGGCGCGCCAGCCAGCCCGAGCGCUUCGACUACAGCACCUGCGUCCUGGCCAGCCAGGGCUUCUCCUGCGGCCGCCACUACUGGGAGGUGGUGGUGGGCAGCAAGAGCGACUGGCGCCUGGGGGUCAUCAAGGGCACGGCCAGCCGCAAGGGCAAGCUGAGCAAGUCCCCAGAGCAGGGCGUGUGGCUGAUCGGCCUGAAGGAGGGCCGGGUGUACGAGGCCUUCGGCUGCCCGCGGGUGCCCCUGCCCGUGGCAGGCCACCCCCACCGCGUCGGCGUCUACUUGCACUACGAGCAGGGGGAGCUCACCUUCUUCGACGCUGACCGCCCUGAUGACCUGCGGCCGCUCUACACCUUCCAGGCUGACUUCCAGGGCAAGCUCUACCCCAUCCUGGACACGUGCUGGCACGAACGGGGCAGCAACUCACUGCCCCUGGUGUUGCCCCCGCCCAGUGGGCCUGGCCCCCUCACCCUCCCACAGCCCACCAAACUGUAGGGCUGCCUGUGGUCUCGCCUGCCCACAGGCCCACCCAGCUGGGCAGAGGGGGCUCGGGUGGUACAGCUGGGUCCACUGAGCA